AGACUGAGGCAAGGGAUGAUUAUAGUAUUUGAUGGAUCCCUUACAUAGAGGAGGUAGUUUGAAGUUAAUUUGUACCACCAAGCAUUAUCUAUCUAGGAGGACUCCUAUUUUGCGUGGAAGAGCAUAUGGCAAGUCAGUGUACUUUUGAGAGUAAGUUUCUUUGUGUGGAUGGUGGCUCUUGGGAAGAUUUUGAGUUUAGACAACCUGUUGAACAGAGAUGUGAUAGUGAUGGAUUGAUUUUGCAUGUGCAAAAGGAGUGAGGAAUCCAUAUAUCACCUUCUUCUCCAUUGCAAAGUGGCACAAGCAAUAUGGAUUGUGAUUUUUAGCCUUUCCGAAGUUGAUGGAUUGUGCUUAGACAAGUGAUGAUUGUUGGAGAGGUCAACUGGGGGAUCACUUCAUUUUAGCCAUUUGGAGGAUGACACCUUCAUGUUUAUUGUGGAGCUUAUGGAGAGAGUAGAAUGUCAGAUGCUUUGAAGAUUGUGAGAUGUCGGUGGAAGAACUCAAGAAUAUGCUGCUCCAAUCUCUAUAAAUGGACCUGGGCGCAUAGUAUUUCUCUUUACACUAAUAUUUCUGAAUUUAUGGAUUUAUAUUCUUUUGUCCAUUGAAGGGCUAAUCUCUUGUAUGCAUUUGUGUACUAGGGUUGCGCCUCUCUGCAUUUUUUAAUGAAAUGAAUUAACUUUUUAAAAAAGAUAUUGGGAUUGGGCUGGGUGGAUUAGGUCAUAUUUAAUCCAGAAAAAGACAUGGUCGAGAAAUGAUAUCAAAGACUAAUGAUGGAUCAAUGGUGACUGAGGCAACACUUGAUGAAACCCUUAAGAGUAUGUUGCAUCAAAUUGACAGGAAGAGUGUUAGUCCAAGAUAACAUGAUGAAUAUAAAAAGGUCACUCGGACAUUAAUCUGGUUGAAUUGGGAAAGGAGACAAUCAAAGAAGAUGAUCGGGCUGUUUUGCUGGAAGGAGGCCUCACAAGAUCAGCAUCUGCAAAGUUGCAUAGUUCGUCCAUGAAAUUGAAUCUAAUUAGGUUCUUGACCAUGGAUGACUCUUUCUUGCUCGAAAAUAGAGCCACUUUGAGAGCAAUGUCUGAGUUUGGGGCAAUUCUGCUGUAUUUCUACACAUGUGAUCGCACGAAUAUUUUGGGAGAAUCUACUAAGAAUUACAAUCGUGAUCUUUUCCUCUUUCUCUACAUUCUCCUUAUCAUAGUUUCAGCAAUGACUUCUUUGAAAAAGCACAGUGAUGUGUCAGCAUUCUCUGGAAAAUCCUUACUUUAUCUUAAUCGACAUCAAACUGAAGAGUGGAAAGGAUGGAUGCAGGUCCUAUUUCUAAUGUACCAUUACUUUGCUGCGACGGAGAUAUACAAUGCAAUACGUGUCUUUAUCGCUGCAUAUGUUUGGAUGACUGGUUUUGGAAACUUCUCCUAUUAUUACAUUCGAAAGGAUUUUAGCCUUGCACGCUUUACCCAGAUGAUGUGGCGGUUAAAUUUCUUUGUGGCGUUUUGCUGCAUUGUUCUUAAUAAUGACUACAUGCUGUACUAUAUUUGUCCAAUGCACACGCUUUUCACUUUAAUGGUGUAUGGAGCCCUUGGGAUUUUUAACAAGUACAAUGAGAUACGCUCAGUGAUGGCUGUGAAGAUUCUUGCAUGCUUUCUCGUGGUUAUCUUGAUUUGGGAAAUUCCUGGAGUUUUCUACAUAUUCUGGCGUCCACUAGCAUUCCUUUUAGGGUAUACUGAUCCUGCAAAACCAGAUCUCCCUCGUCUGCAUGAAUGGCAUUUCAGAUCUGGACUUGAUCGGUAUAUAUGGAUCAUUGGAAUGAUAUAUGCAUAUUACCACCCCAAUGUUGAGAAAUGGAUGGAAAAAUUGGAGGAGUCUGAAACUAAGAGGAGAAUCUCAAUCAAAGCAAGCAUUGUUGCAGUCGCUUCAUUUGUUGGUUACAUGUGGUACGAAUAUGUUUACAAGCUGGACAAGGUUACAUACAACAAACUUCAUCCUUACACAUCAUGGAUUCCAAUAACUGUGUAUAUUUGCUUGCGGAACUUCACUCAGCAGUUUCGGAGUUUCUCAUUGACUCUUUUUGCGUGGCUUGGAAAGAUAACUUUGGAGACCUAUAUUUCACAGUUCCACAUCUGGUUGAGAUCAAGCGUGCCUAAUGGACAGCCCAAGUUGCUUCUUUCUUUUGUACCAGAAUAUCCCAUGCUUAACUUCAUGCUCACUACUGCUAUUUAUGUCAUUGUAUCUCUUCGGAUUUUUGAAUUAACCAAUACGCUGAAGACAGUUUUUAUACCCACAAAAGACAACCGGCGGCUGCUGAAUAAUUUUCUUGCUGGGUCUGCCAUUUCCCUGUGUUUGUAUUUCUUAUCACUCGUUCUUCUUCAGAUCCCUCAUUCACCGGCCUGACAAAUUAAGACUUAGGACAGAAUUACAUAGAUGUUUCCUGUCGGAUGUACAAAAAGUAUCGUGGCGGGAGUUAAAUAAGGGGACUUUGGAAGAUGUUGGUUGCAAAUCUAGCUUUAAAAGCAAAAUUUCCAAUGGGCUGGAGAGACUUGCCCUCACUGCUGCAUCAGGGCUGAAAUUAGAAGUCUGAUAUACAUUUCUCAUGUGGCAGAGGGCAGGAAAUGACAGGAAAGAUCUUUUUGUUUCUUCUUCCCUUUUUGUAAUACUGCUGAAUGGUGCAUAUAAAUUCUUUCUUCUUGGUGUUCAAUCAUUAAAGAAAAUAUAGGAUCCUGUGACAUAUAUCACUUGUCUGGCAUCAAAGAAAUUCGAGAUUCAUUGCUAAUGUAACUUUGAUUGUCAAUGUUGUGUUACAUGAUUGGAGCAUAUUUGAAUUUUCAAUUGGAAAUCUUAAUUCUGAGA